UCGGGUCGGAGGAGACGCUAGCCAAAGGAGGCGGGGUUGCGGGAGGAGAGUCCUCCGCGCGCGAUCCAGUCCGGGACUUGGCUCCGCCCGGCACUUCGGCCUCCGCGGUGACAGAGGAGUAGCGAGCGGCACCGGGUGAGGCUGCAGCCAACUCUGCUCCGCGCGCACCGCGCUCCACUGCCUCGCGCUCGGGACGAGACGCAGCUUCUCCGCGGCGCCGACCGCCCGCAAUGCCCGCCUAGAAGCGCGGCCGCGGCCCCACCCCACGCCCGAGCCCGGCUCCCCGGCCCAGCCCGGGCCGAGCCGCGCGCCCCGCCCCAGCCCCCCGCCCCGCGCCCUGCGAUGACUUGUUAACCGGCGUGGAUACACCGAAGGGGACUGAGGAGUGGACUCCGAGUGGAAUUUGGAUUUGGAGAAGAGUUUCCUGAACAGUCACCCUCGUCCGUGUUGGUGUUCCUUCUUCCUUUUUUUCUUUUCUUUUUCUUUUUUGGCUUCUUUCUGCCCCCUUCUCCGUGUGUCAUUGGAAAUGAACACAGCUCGCUUGCAUCCCAGAAAGUAGACGACGCGACUGUUGUCCCAAAGAGCACACAUGUAGGAAUGACAAAGGCUGGCAAAGCGGAGCGCGCAGCUCGAGGCCCGGAGCGAUCUCGAUAAUGGAUUACUAAAUGGGAAACACGCCGUGCCAAUCCGUCCCGAGCCUGCCCGUCGAUGCACCGAAAAGUCAUGUGGAAAUGCACUGCCAACUAAGUGCAUGUGGAAAUACGUUGUCAUCUGAGUGCCAGAAGAUCUGAAGUAGAAGUUGUUGGCAGGUAUUGGUGCCAGUCAGCCGAGAAUAAACUGCCCAGGAAGACACUGGAGUGAAAAAGGAUAAUUUAGGCCAAUUUCUUUUCUUUCUCUUUUGCUCUUGAAGUGAAGCAUCUAACAUUUGCCUGCACACAGCAUCUAUCUGCGUAAGAUGUGAGGGUCUAACUUGCCUGCUCACGAGGUGAAGUAGAGAAGUAAAGUCUCCCCGCUGAACUACUAUGAGGUCAGAAGCCUUGCUGCUAUAUUUUACACUGCUGCACUUCGCUGGGGCUGGUUUCCCAGAAGAUUCUGAGCCCAUCAGUAUUUCGCAUGGCAACUAUACAAAACAGUAUCCGGUGUUUGUGGGCCACAAGCCAGGACGGAACACCACACAGAGGCACAGGCUGGACAUCCAGAUGAUUAUGCUCAUGGGCAGGGCGCUCUACAUUGCUGCCAGGGAUCAUAUUUAUACAAUUGAUAUAGACACAUCCCACACAGAAGAAAUUUACUGUAGCAAAAAACUGACAUGGAAAUCUAGACAGGCUGAUGUAGACACAUGCAGAAUGAAGGGAAAACAUAAGGAUGAGUGUCACAACUUUAUUAAAGUUCUUCUGAAGAAAAAUGAUGAUACCUUGUUUGUCUGCGGAACCAACGCUUUCAACCCUUCCUGCAGGAACUAUAAGAUCGAUACUUUGGAACCUUUUGGGGAUGAAUUUAGUGGAAUGGCCAGAUGCCCUUAUGAUGCCAAACAUGCCAAUGUUGCGCUGUUUGCAGAUGGAAAGCUGUACUCAGCCACAGUGACUGACUUCCUUGCCAUCGAUGCUGUCAUUUAUCGGAGUCUUGGAGACAGCCCUACCCUGAGGACCGUCAAGCAUGAUUCAAAAUGGUUGAAAGAACCGUACUUUGUCCAAGCGGUGGAUUAUGGAGACUAUAUCUACUUCUUCUUCCGAGAAAUCGCAGUGGAGUACAAUACCAUGGGAAAGGUCGUCUUCCCUAGAGUGGCUCAGGUCUGUAAGAAUGACAUGGGGGGAUCUCAAAGAGUCCUGGAGAAGCAGUGGACAUCCUUCCUGAAGGCUCGCCUGAACUGCUCAGUUCCCGGAGACUCUCAUUUUUAUUUCAAUAUCCUCCAGGCAGUUACAGACGUGAUCCGUAUUAAUGGCCGUGAUGUUGUCCUGGCAACCUUUUCCACGCCUUAUAACAGCAUCCCAGGAUCUGCAGUCUGUGCUUAUGACAUGCUGGACAUUGCCAAUGUUUUUACUGGGAGAUUCAAGGAACAGAAGUCUCCAGAUUCCACCUGGACACCGGUUCCAGAUGAACGAGUCCCUAAGCCCAGACCAGGCUGUUGUGCUGGCUCAUCCUCCUUAGAAAAAUAUGCAACCUCCAAUGAGUUUCCUGAUGAUACUCUCAACUUCAUCAAGACGCAUCCGCUCAUGGACGAGGCAGUGCCUGCCAUCAUCAACAGACCUUGGUUCCUGCGGACGAUGGUUAGAUACCGCCUGACCAAAAUUGCUGUGGACACUGCUGCUGGGCCACAUCAGAAUCACACUGUGGUUUUCCUGGGAUCAGAAAAAGGAAUCAUCUUGAAGUUCUUGGCAAAGAUAGGAAACAGUGGACUCCUGAACGACAGCCUUUUCCUGGAGGAGAUGAGUGUUUACAACCCAGAAAAGUGCAGCUAUGAUGGAGUAGAGGACAAGAGGAUUAUGGGCAUGCAGCUGGAUAGAGCAAGCAGCUCUCUGUAUGUUGCUUUCUCUACCUGUGUGAUAAAGGUUCCCCUCGGCCGGUGUGAACGACAUGGGAAAUGUAAAAAAACCUGUAUCGCCUCCAGAGACCCAUACUGUGGGUGGGUAAAGGAAGCAGGUACCUGUGCCCAUCUGUCAUCCAGCAGCAGACUGACUUUUGAGCAGGACAUAGAGCGUGGCAAUACAGAUGGCCUGGGAGACUGUCACAAUUCCUUCGUGGCACUGAAUGACAUUUCAACUCCACUACCAGAUCAUGAAAUGUCUUACAACACAGUGUAUGGGCACGCCAGUUCCCUCUUGCCCAGCACCACCACGUCAGAUUCGGCGGCUCAGGAGGGGUAUGAGUCUAGGGGAGAAAUGCUGGACUGGAAGGAUCUGCUCGAUUCACCUGACAACACAGACCCUUUGGGGGCAGUGUCUUCCCAUAAUCACCAAGACAAGAAGGGAGUGAUUCGGGAAAGUUACCUCAAAGGACACGACCGGCUCGUUCCUGUCACCCUCUUGGCAAUCGCAGUGAUUCUGGCUUUUGUCACGGGGGCCGUGUUCUCUGGCAUCGUUGUGUAUUGCGUCUGUGAUCACCGGCGCAAGGACGUAGCGGCCGUGCAGCGCAAGGAGAAAGAGCUCACCCACUCACGCCGGGGAUCCAUGAGCAGCGUCGCCAAGCUCAGUGGCCUCUUUGGGGACACUCAGUCCAAAGACCCAAAGCCAGAGGCCAUCCUCACACCACUCAUGCACAAUGGCAAGCUCGCCACGCCCAGCAACACAACCAAGAUGCUCAUUAAGGCUGACCAGCACCACAUGGACCUGACAGCCCUGCCCACGCCGGAGUCCACCCCGACGCUGCAGCAGAAGCGGAAGCCGGGCCGAGGCAGCCGCGAGUGGGAAAGGAACCAGAACCUCAUCAAUGCCUGCACAAAGGACAUGCCCCCCAUGGGCUCCCCUGUGAUCCCCACAGACCUGCCCCUCCGGGCUUCCCCUAGCCACAUCCCCAGUGUGGUGGUCUUGCCUAUCACUCAGCAGGGCUACCAGCAUGAGUACGUGGACCAGCCCAAAAUGAGCGAGGUGGCCCAGAUGGCCCUGGAAGACCAGGCCGCCACCCUAGAGUAUAAGACCAUCAAGGAGCAUCUCAGCAGCAAGAGUCCUAAUCACGGGGUGAACCUCGUGGAGAACCUGGACAGCCUGCCCCCCAAAGUUCCCCAGCGCGAGGCUUCCCUGGGCCCUCCGGGAGCCUCCCUGUCUCAGAAUGGCCUGAGUAAGCGCCUGGAGAUGCACCACUCCUCCUCCUACGGGCUUGACUAUAAGAGGAGCUACCCCACGAACUCGCUCACCAGAAGCCACCAGGCUACCACUCUCAAAAGAAACAAUACUAACUCCUCCAACUCCUCCCACCUGUCCCGAAACCAGAGCUUUGGCAGGGGAGACAACCCGCCCCCUGCCCCGCAGAGAGUGGACUCCAUCCAGGUGCACAGCGCCCAGCCCUCUGGCCAGGCCGUGACUGUCUCCAGGCAGCCCAGCCUCAACGCCUACAACUCACUGACCAGGUCGGGGCUGAAGCGCACCCCCUCACUAAAGCCGGACGUACCCCCCAAACCUUCCUUUGCCCCCCUUUCCACAUCCAUGAAGCCCAAUGACGCAUGUACAUAAUGCCUGAGGGAGGGGUCAGGAGUCCAAGCAGCAGGCGAGGCACGUCAUCGGCUGGCUUAGCGAGGCUCUCAACUGCCUGGAGCGAACGCCAGACCCAGACGCCUGAGGCAGCGCUGAGGACACGGGUAGUCCUCUCUGGAACACAGGGGUUCUCUCAAAAGUUGGGCCACGUGGUUUGGUGAAGGCGUGCAGCAGCGGGACUCACCUCCAUCCUCUCCUUCACUUAUCCCACAACCCCGCAGCAGGUUGGACCCACGAGAGACUUCAGCUAGCAUCACAAACAUGAGCCAAAAGCACAUGCCCACCCCACUUCCCACGCACACAUGCGCACAUACACACACACACACACAAUCAUGUACACGUGCGCACACACACGUGCACACACACGCGUGCGCACACGAACAGCAACCACAUUUUGCCCAUGACUGCAUGGAGCACUGCCCAACUGGGCUAGCGUUCCAGACUUCAACACACAGAACACAUUUUUAAAAAUCAUGAAAAUUUUAAAAGACAAAAAAAUAAAGAAUUCAUUGAUAAUUCUAACUCAGACUUUAACAAUGGCAGAAGUUUACUAUGCGCAGAUACUGUGAAACGCCCACCAGUGUUACAGCUUUCUGUUAUAGCAGAUCAAUGCCAUGUUGGGCAACUAUGUCAUAGAUUUCUGCUCCUCUUUUAAUGAAAUAACGUGACCGUUAACGCAAGUAACUCUUUAUUUAUUGUUCACUUUUUUUUCCUUAAGGAAAGGACUCUUCCACGUAUCAAACUACGGACAGCUCAUCUAAAGUCCCUUGAAAGUUAAAACUAUUUAACGUGAAAUCCAUUAACUGGAAUAAUUGAGUUUCUUUAUUUUUACAAUAAAUUCACUGAGUAAAUAAGUUGAAGCUUGAAUUCUGAGCUUUGUUUGGACUGUCUGGUCUGUAGCUAAAGGAAAGAGUUAGGAUGGGAAUAUUUAUUUAAAUCUACCAGUCAAUUUGCUGGUCAGGUCUCUGGCCUACAACAUGCAAAAAAUUAAUUUCAAAGCCCUUCCGGAUCCUAAUUUCUAAAGCAACCAGGAGGGCAGUGUUCUGCGCGGCUCACCCUCUCCCGUUGGUGCCAACAUGGCUUUAUCAAUGGUUCCUACCUUUUGUGAAGGCGCCAGCUUACGAUACGCCAUCUCAUUUCACCUUGCAUGUGAGACAGCAAAUAAAAUCCACAAACAGUGUGAACUAAUUAAUAUGCUGGCUGCUACCUUGCAUAAAUUAAUGGUUGAAUCACACGGGUUUUUCGUGGGUUACAUCUGUGAAUAGCCUGUUUUCCACAUGUAAAUUUGUGCCUUACACCCUGAGUUGUGUACACUUGUAAACCAUCCUUAUGAUCAACUUUUCCUUCCUUCUGAAAUAAAUACAGAUAUUUAUUGGCGCCUCCCCCACCCACACUCCAGCCCUCUGGAAGAUUGGAGUCAAGCAGGUGGAAGAAGAACGCAGUGGUGAUGGUUGGGGGAUAAGGCAACCUGGGAAUGCUGGGUGGAACCACAACCUCCGCUUCACACUGCCUUCUUGUUGUGCCAACCUGAACCACCCUUUGGCUGCGCUGUGUGGGGAGGGUGGUAACCCUUUCCUUCAGAACUCUCUCCAUCCCUUACACUCAGUCAUUGCAAUAUGGUGACAUCCUCAUUAGCCAGCAGGAAAGGGACUAAUACCCCAGCCCGCCUUUCUGCUGUGUGCAGUGGCUGCAGAGCACACCAUGCCCUGCAUACAAAGGGACAGCAUGGACAUAGAGCAGGCAGGCUGGUCCCUGCUGUCAUGAUGAGUAACUUAAAGGGCAAGGCCAGCCACCACAGAUGCAGCAAAAAUGGUGACUGGGACAAAAGCUUUUUUAAAUUUUUAAAAUUUCUUUAUUCUUUUAAUAUUGUUUGUAAAGUGUUAGGAGGGAGUGACCUGCGCUUCUCUCUCCUUGCUUUUCCUCUGUUGGAACACAUGGAAAGGACUUUGGUUUACUUUAUCAGCAACAAAAGAAAUGUCAACAUACUGUAAACUGUGAGUAUUUGUGUCAAUUGUUAGUGUGUUUUUUUUAAGAAGUUAAACAGUAUAUUUGGUGAUUGCUUUGUCUCUUAAUCUCCAGUUCAAUCUUCCAGGUUUAGUUUUGUCUUUAAAAAUAAAAAUUUUAACAAACCUUCAGAAUAAGACCGUCAAGGACACUUUGAGCGGGUUAGUAAAAAAGCAGUACCUUCAUAAUGAGCACGCUCACCUGGAGACCUGAGCAUGCCUGGAAGGACAGGAACACGACCCUCUGCCCCAAGGGUCCCUUGCGGUUUGACUCGGGUAGAUCACUGUCAAAUUUCAUUUUGUUUUUUAGUGGAGUCAGUAUUCACAUCCCAAAAGCUCUGUACCUUGAAACCAGGACUUCUUUCCCAGAAACUGAGAUGUUGUUUCCUCCUGUGCGAGGAAGGCCGUGGGCUUUGGUCACCCUGCUGCCUUCCUCCCUGCGCUCAACUCCGCGGAGUACUGGUGGGCAGCACCCACCUGGGUGUGAGCCUGUGCCUGCGUCAGUGGACGUCACUGCCCCAGCUGUGCUAAGGAGACCCAUCCAAACGUAUGUCCCACGUUCCCGCAUCCCACAACCCACCGCUCGCAGUGUUCAGCAGUGCCCACGGAUGUGGAGCCGGUCUUAUGCAUCGGAGUGUUUUACCCCUUCUUUUCCUCACUGUGUGUGGGGAGGGUCCAUAGCCCGAGUGUGCCUUUGCUUUCCUCCCUCGCUAGACACUGUAGAUGCAACAGACUCAGAUUUAUAUUUGUUGUAAAGUUGUAAAAAUACUGUGAUGUCACCAGUUUUUCCUCCAUCUCCGCAUCCCCUAACAUCUGAUUCACAAUUUAAUGUAUGUUAUAAAAGAGAAAAAGAAAAAA